CGGCGCGAGCGUCAGCUGACUGCACGUCUACCGCCGCAACCGCUGAGACUCGGUGAGGCCGCUGUCGCUGUCGCCGCCACCGCUAUGGCUCAGUACAAGGGCGCCGCGAGCGAGGCGGGCCGCGCCAUGCACCUGAUGAAGAAGCGGGAGAAGCAGCGCGAACAGAUGGAGCAGAUGAAGCAGCGAAUCGCCGAGGAGAACAUAAUGAAAUCCAACAUUGACAAGAAGUUCUCUGCACACUACGACGCAGUGGAGGCGGAGCUCAAGUCCAGCACCGUGGGUCUUGUGACCCUGAAUGACAUGAAGGCCAAGCAGGAGGCACUGGUGAAGGAGCGGGAGAAGCAGCUGGCCAAGAAGGAGCAGUCGAAGGAGCUGCAGCUGAAGCUGGAGAAGCUGCGAGAGAAGGAGCGCAAGAAGGAGGCCAAGCGGAAGAUCUCCAGCCUGUCCUUCACUCUAGAGGAGGAAGAGGAGGCAGGGGAGGAGGAGGAGGAGGUGGUCAUUUAUGAGGAAGAGCUGGAAAGGGAAGAGAUCACCACAAAGAAGAGGAAAUUGGGGAAGAACCCAGAUGUGGACACAAGCUUCUUGCCUGACCGAGACCGGGAGGAGGAGGAGAAUCGGCUCCGGGAAGAGCUGCGGCAGGAGUGGGAAGCCAAGCAGGAGAAGAUCAAGAGCGAGGAGAUUGAAAUUACCUUCAGUUACUGGGAUGGCUCUGGGCACCGACGGACUGUCAAGAUGAAAAAGGGCAACACAAUGCAGCAGUUCCUGCAGAAGGCUCUCGAAAUCCUGCGCAAGGACUUCAGUGAGCUCAGGUCAGCUGGGGUGGAGCAGCUCAUGUACAUCAAGGAAGACCUAAUCAUACCCCAUCACCACAGCUUCUAUGACUUCAUCGUCACCAAGGCACGAGGGAAGAGUGGGCCACUCUUUAAUUUUGACGUUCACGAUGAUGUGAGGCUGCUCAGUGAUGCCACCGUGGAGAAGGACGAGUCGCAUGCGGGCAAGGUGGUGCUGCGGAGCUGGUACGAGAAGAACAAGCACAUCUUCCCUGCCAGCCGCUGGGAGCCGUACGACCCCGAGAAGAAAUGGGACAAGUACACGAUCCGGUGAACGCGGAGGUGGCCCAGCCUUGGCUCCUGCGACUCCCUGCAGUCUCCCUAGCUCCCUGUGUCCAGGACUCCAGGCACCCCAGCUCCCCGCUCCGGUGACUUGGUGGCCUGAGGGAGGACGGAGCUGAUUAUUUACUGUUUUUUUUUCUUUUAUGAUAAAGAAAUGUACAUGUUAGAGUUGAAACACCUGCACUUUGUUUUGUGAAGAAAAAUGUUUUUAUUGAGGAAAAAUUCACAUAACAUAAAAUCUACCAUUUUGACCUUUUUAAAGUAUACAUUCCAGGGGUAUUUAGUAUGUUCAUAAUGUUGUGCAACCAUCACUGCUAUCUAGUUCCAGAGCAUUUCUCUCACCCCAGAAAGAAACCCCAUCCCUAUUAGCAGUUUCUCCCCCAGCCCCUGGCACCCACUAGUCUACUUUCUGUCUGUGUGGAUUUACCUGUUCUAGAAGAUGCAUAUAAAUGGAGUCGUACAAUA